AUGCCGCUGGACAAGAACGAGUUCAAUCGGCAGCAGGUCGGCGGGUACUCUGGGGACUCCCAGCCCGCGGCCGAGACGGCACCCAUGGCCGUGGAUGACUCGAUGUCGGAGGGCCUCCGGGAGCGGCCGAACUACAUCAAGCUCUUGUCCGUCGAGCUUGGGGAACAUGUCGGAGUGCCGCCCGCAAAGAUUGCCAGUGCCUUGCAGCAGUUGCCGAACGAGGUUGCGAAGCUCCUGAUCUCACACAAGGAGGUCAAGUUCCCGAGUUGGCUCACCAGCAGCAUGGUUCAGACGGGCCCCCCUGGCACCAAGGAAGAGCUGAACGUGGUGCGCAAGCACUCGAGAUCGGCGAAGGUUCACAGCGACUACCUCCGCAUCGUCCGCCCAGAGGUCACCAUCAAGAGGUCUUACAUCGUGAAGACCAUGAGCACGGUGGACACGUCGCCGAAGGUCAUCGUGGCUGCAGACGGCGAGCUGCUGGGCCCAGACGCUGACGCGCAGGCCGCCGACGCCGUGGUGCUUCCUGUCUCCGCCACGGGCCCGUCGUCCCCGAGCUCGGUCAGGCGCGGCGACGCGGGUCGCCAGCCAGUGGGGAACUCUUGUAAGUGCGAACGGUGUGGUGUCACGCCUGGCAGCAUGAAGCCGUGGGCUUUGACUGGGGCCGAUGAGCAUGGCAACGCUGUCCCCGUCGGGUCAGCCUGCCUCGAGUGCGCCACCGUUCAUCGUGAUUCGUGGGCCGUGGAAGGGUCGUUUUCGGAUGUGAGCAAGGAGUGCCGCAAUAACGAGGAGACGAACGAGAGGUUCGAUGAGAGUGCCGUUGUGAAGAGGGGUGAGAAGGUGAAGGACUUCGACGAGGUUGGCAUCGACUCUGACAGCGACAUUGGCGUCGAGGUAUCACAGGACUGCGUCGGCCUCACCGUCGCCCAGUUCAAGGAGAUCGCCCAGGGCCGCGAGCCGUCGGAGGCAGGGCUCAAGAUUCAAGACCUCGUGGGGCCCAACGGCGACAAGUUCAAGGGCGUGCUCAUGAAGGAUUUGAACCAACCGUACGUGCGCUUCAGGUUUUUCAAGAGGUCGACCCUUGCGACCAAGCGGACGAAGCUGGAUAAGCGCAAGCAUUACCGCAAAGAGCAGCCUGGUAUGGUCACCAAGGCGAUGAACAAGGGCAACACUGGGUGGAAUAUUAAUCGCAAGAGGAUGGCUGCGGCGCUGACAAUGAAGGAGCUGCAGAAGAAGCUACAGCAGUUGGUCGACGGGUCGCCGCCGCCACCAGUUCCUGCUAGCGACGAUGAGGAUCCCGACGUGCAGGACGUCACCAGCCACGUCUCUGGCGCUGGGGCUGGGGAGCUGAGGACGCCCGACAACAAGGGCAUCAACAAACAAAGGUUCGGCAGCGGCAUGUCGACUAUCAGCCAUGGGACAUCGAGGACCUCGCUCGGCGACUCUGGCGACGGAGAUUCUCAAUGUGGCGACCUUGGCGACAUGAGCGCGUGGGAGCACACGAUCAUGAAGUACGACAUCGUCGCCAUCCUCUCGGGUCAGAAGAUGGGCAAGGAACGCAGGAGGCUGAAAGACUGGAUCGACGCCAAGAGCUCCGACACCACCCUCAAGAACGAACUGAACGCCUGCAACCAGCACUAUGCCAUGGGCAAGCUAGCGGAGGAGAUAUCCCAGCCGAAAGAUCACGUGAACACCAUGCCGAUCGAGAGGCUUAAGAAGAUCGUGAGUGACCUGAUUGAACAUGGGGUGGACUUCCCCACGCCUUUCAAAACGAAGCUGCUCACCAGGGAGUGCGCUGACGCGGCGGCGUUGCUUGUCAGCGGCAAGGUCGACACGUUGACGCACUUCUUGGACGUUGUGGAGCCUUGGGGCAGGCGCGGCGGCGCUGGCGAUGACGCCGGGGGCGCAGCCCAGCAGGAUACGGAGGCAGACGGCGAGAGGUUCAAGUUCAACGCGAAGGCCCCCACGCUCAACACGAUCGAUGGUUCCAUCAGGGAGAAGUCCUUCAUGUUCAUUGACUUCUUCACUCGGCAUUUCAUCGCAGGCUGCGUCAUGGCGCGGCUGGUGGACCAGAAGGAUUACCAGAAUAUCAUGGCCAUGAUCAACUACGUCAUCGAGCGUUGGACCGAUUCUGGGGAGAUGGAGGACGACGCCGUCGAAGCAGUUCUCAAGCUCCUCACUUGCCUUCGAGGUCUCGCUUGCCUGAUGGACCCUCUUUCUCCAGUGGAGCAUUGGAGCGAUUUCCUGGACCUCCUUCGCAACGAUGCGAAACGUGACAUAAAGGACCCGCGGACUCAGUUGGCGACGGCAUUGAGGACAGAGACUGUUACGAAGGAAAUGGUCACCAAGCUCAAGCCUUACAUGGAUCAAACGCGGAAGCUCCGCCCGAUGAUCGACACCAUGAUUGCGACGUUGCGUGCUGGUGAGGCCGUGACCACGAAUGGCUUGAUCACAAUGGCGAAGGAGCUCUCCACGUUUAUGAAGGAGUCACGGCCAGGCUCGGCGCAGAUCCUCGAGGACCUUUUUCGUGCGAAGGUGAAUGACGAGGCUGCCAAGGUGAAGCGGGCGAUCGGUGACAUCGAUUCGGACAAAUCCUCCUCCGCCGCCAUCGAUAGCUUCUGGGGGUGCCAGCGCUCCUUGUUCGUUGCGGUUCACAGCCACCUCUCGUUCGGCGGCGAGUGGGCGGACACCCUCAAGCAGAUCAACGACGCCAUCCCCGUCCUGGAGACUGGUAAGGCUGCCGCGGCCUACCUCAAUGACUUGGACUUGUUCUUCUCCCACGAGGCCGUUGCUUCUUGUGGCGACUGGCGCCUCAUGGCGGCAAAGACGGUCACGUUCACUCAGCAGGUCUACCCAGGCAUCGACCCCUCGACGAAGGAAAGCGCCAAGCAGAGAGUGAUCGCCAAGGCGUUCAUUGUAGUGGAGCAGGCGAUCCACCACCACAAGCACGAAGGCACCCUCACUACUAACCUGGCGGAUGCGAUUGGCGAUGCUAUUGCUUCGUGGUUCAAUUGGGUCCAGGCGACGGGGUACGAUCAGUGGAAAAAAUGCGUGGGCGCUGCCCUCGACCAGGCCCGCCUUCUCGAGAGACUCGAGAACCACUUCGGUACGGACCGCGCUGCCUACAGGGACCUUGCAGUGACGCAGGCUGGGGCUAAUCUCAUGGCGGAGGCAAUCAGCCUUGCGAAGGCCAUGAGCUCGAUCAGGUCCGAGCUGCAUGAGCGCGCGCCCGACCCUAUGAAGCGCAUGCUUGACGACGAGCUCACGCCAGCGUACAUCACUUUCAUCAGCACUGCAGUGGUGGGCAUGUACAAGCAGGCCUUCGAUGACGAUGUGGCGUCCAACAAGUGGGAGGACAUUGCAGGCGGGGGUACCGACGGUGCGAUGUGGUACGCUGCCGCUGCCAACGCCGACAUCAUCGGGGAUUGCGUGACUGCGGCUGGCGACACGAUCUUCACGUACUCGCCCGAGCAGCGGAAGAAGAUGCUCGACGAGUUGGUUUCCAAGCACAGCCAGAUGGUGAAAGCCGCCAAGUUCUACGACGUGGUUUCGGGACCGACGAAGACGGCAAUCGACCUUGGUGAGAAGCUGUUCCGCAUGGCCAGGGCUGCGCACUACGGUGGCAUUUUGGCGUACGUGGCGGCCAACACGGACAAGUCCGAUUUGAGCAGGAUGCGGAAGCAAUGCACGGACCCGCUGGCGCAGAUCAAGAAGUUGGGGAUCCAGGAGUCCGUGCCGUCGGGCCUCCUCGAGAUGGCGGGCAGGGCCGUCAAGAUGCAGCGGGUGUCCUAG